GCACUGUGGGUAUUCAAGAAAGAAAUAGGGCUUACAAAGUGUUGUGUAGGAAUAUGACUCCUGGUCCAUUUUCUAAUAAUUGCGCCAACAGUUGUUGCCUUCUCACCAAGCUGCUUGCCUAUUGUCCUGUAGCCCAUCCCAGCCUUGUGAAGGUCCACAAUUUUAUCCCUGAUGUCCUUACACAGCUCUCUGGUCUUGGCCAUUGUGGAGAGGUUGGAGUCUGUUUGAUUGAGUGUGUGGACAGGUUUCUUUUAUACAGGUAACUAGUUCAAACAGGUGCAGUUAAUACAGGUAAUGAGUGGAGAACAGGAGGGCUUCUUAAAGAAAAACGGACACAGUAGUGUUGAAGAAUGGAAUGAAAAAAAAAAAAAAGUGUCAAUAAUUGAAGGGGACGAUCAUAUAUCCAACAAGGAUUUGUUUCUUUUUGGGAUGAGAUUUUUUUGAUGACGAUGUUUAACUGGGAUAUCCGUUCGGGGUCUCGAAGAGGGUGAAUCGUAUGUUGGGAAAAGUCCAAUCAGAGUGACCAGGAGUGGGCUUAAUUAAUUUUGUGUCUGUGGAACAGAGGAAGAGGGCAGUGGGUCUCACAAGAAUCGAGUCACCCAAAGUAUCGUGCAUUGAACUCCGGAGUAGGGUGUCUCCUGGGUGUCGAUGGAAGGUAAGGAUGAAAACCUUGUAACAGGAAUCCCAGGUGUGGUUAAUGCCCGUCGCUUGACCUGCAUGUUGGAAGGAAGAAUGGAAGAAAGUUAGUCGGUUCUAUCGUUUUUUGAUGAUGAGCACCUCCCUACGCAUGUGAAGCUGAGGUAUAUGAGUUACGCAGUAAGAGCUUUUGUCUCCAAAACAUUACAGUGUAAAAAUUGUAAAAGAUUUGGCCAUGUUUCAAAUGGGUGGAGUAUACAGAUCGGGGUGAAGAAUGGCCUUGUUGCAAUUGUGGUUGGGAUCAUGGCCCAAAGUUCGUGGAGUGCCCUCUGUAUGUAAAGAAAGUCGAUUUUUGGGCUUUCAUUGCAACUGUGAUAAACUGCACGGCUCAAGUAGAAAGGAACUCAUUGUGACUACGACAGGGAAAGUAUCUGGGUCUUUAGGAAUUCACAGCGGAAGAUUUACAAGGGUUAUUGGUGAUGGAAGAUGUGCCACCCUCCCAGGCUCCUGAGCCUGUGUAGGGAUCAGACAUGGAUUAUUGAUUUAAACAGAUGAAGACAGGAGCAUGUUGAUGAGUGAUUUUUGGGUAGUCGUUAUGAGUAUUUUUAUUCACAUUUUAUUUCAUUCCGCACAGUUGGCGGCGACAAUACACCUUUUUGCGUGUAGUUCGACAUGAAACCCAAAGAAGAAGUGUAUACGGAAAUUAACAGCGGCCAAGAAUAAUUUCCACGUUCGAGUUUUUGUUGUUAUUUAUACGUUUAUUAACACCAUGGAACUCAAAAUAUGAGUAAUUUAACUGCACAACAUCACAUACUUACAGCACUUGGCUGACAGACGUUAUCAAGGUAACGCUAGCCAGCUAGUUAGCGGAUAACGUUAGCUAACAAUGGCUAACAGUAUGGUUUUUCACACUCAAAUAGCCUCCAUUAUGGAGGUGCUAGCAAAUGCAGCCGUGGCAGAUAUCUGUAAACUCGUAGACAACAACUAUGCAGUGUUUCGUUUGGAAAUAACUCAAAGCCAGAAAGAAAACAGGGCAUUGCGGAGGAGACUACAGAUACUGGAACUGAGGGUAGCACGGGAGUGCGUCCUCACCAGUCGUCCCAGUAGUGUCAAGAUCCUCAACCCCUACAGAUGAAUGGCAAAAGGUGAAGGACAUCUCACUGGAGGCCACAGGAGCUUUGUGAAUCCAGCGGGACACAAUACAUGGAGAGAUGACCAACCCAUCACUGUUGAUGAGGGGAGUGGAACCUCAAUCCAGCACGUUAUUGUUAUAGAGAUUAGUGUAAAAGUAUUACAUCAAAAUUACAGUACAUCAAAUGUGGCCAGUUUAUUUCAGAAAGGCUCCCCUCAGCUAUUCACUUGCUUACAUGUACAUCCUUAUUUAUCUGCCAUAAGGGAGCUUGUGAAACCAAUUUUACUCAUGGACUGGUAACAACCUCCUCUCUUCUUGUGUCAGUCUUCAGAUGCAGAGGCUGCACAUUCUGGGGUCAAGCAGGAGAGGACUGAAGGAGAGGAGGACCUACAGCAAAGCAGAGACAUCCAGACUGGAUCGACUGAAGCACCCCUUGUAGCCACGGAGGACACCGCCCCAGCGCAGUCCAGUACCCGACACAGCAUCACAGAGGUCUGUGGAACGCCAAACGCUGUCCUCAAGUCAGAGACGGACACUGAGACUUUAAAUGUACACACAGGAUCUGACCACAGAUCAGACCCAGAGAGACUAGGUCUGGGUCCAUUGGGCUGUCCUCCUGUUCCCGGCUCAGAAAACGUACCAAUAUUUCACCAGAGCCAGAGGACGGUUCAUUCCCGUGGAUAUGGUGAGGUGUUAUACACUGGCGUUGAUGACCCUUCUUGUACUCACGCUACAGAAAUUGACCCUGGCAACGUAUCCUUGGAUUUGGAGACACAGACUGAUCUGUCUAGAGGGGACCUGAACCGGUACAGUAGUAGUGUAUACUCUGAAGGGUUCCUAGAUAAUAAAGGAGAGGUUAUGGUGGUAGAUGAGGUGAAAGUGGAGGGUGACGCGCCUCCCACAGUGAAUGCAGAUAGUCGCAGGGCAGAGAUUUCUUAGAAUACAUGGAAAGCUUCGAGACAAAUCCAAACGCUGUCACCCACUCCACUUUCCACCCGUUCCGGGAUCGCGACCCAGUGCCCACGUCAAUGGGGCCUUCCGAUGCACAUGACUGUGCCCUUUUGGAUCCGGCAUUGAACUCAAACGACAGGGCUAGAGCCCAGGCUCGGGGAGGGGAAGCAACAUCAGGCAAAAAAUGGGGUGAAACCCUUUAGCUGUACCCAGUGUCAUAUGCGCUUCGAGCCAGGCUGGCAACCUGAAGAGGCACCAGAGGGUACACACAGGGGAGAAAUCUUACAGCUGUACCCAGUGUCACAUGCUUUCCGCCCAGGCUGGUGACCUGAAGAGGCACCAGAGGGCCCAUACAGGAGAGAAACCCUACAUCUGCCCCAAGUGUGAGAAGAGGUUCUCCCACCAGCACCAUCUGACGAUGCACUUGAAGAUCCACACUGAAGUGAGACCGUUUGCCUGUACGCACUGCGGGAAGAGGAUCUCAGAGAGGAGCUACCUCAGGAUACACCAGGAGAAAACCAUUCCACUCUGUAACAUAGAAAGUAACCAUUCGACUCGAUAGCUUCUGACGUUUACAUCAAACCCUGCAUUAAAGACAAAGAUUAACUUUCAUUGUUGUCAGCAGAAAAGAUCCACAGAUGCGUUUGGAAUAAGGAGAGUAGCAGAUUUCAGUGUUGAAUAUUCCUGGGUAGAAUACUGCAUCCAGGCAUUGUGCCUAAAAAGUAUGUUACAUAUUGUGUUUGUACUGUACUGUGUAGGCCAGUGGUCACCAACCUAUUCUGAUUCAAGUUCACUUUCACUCAGAUUUUUUUUAAACAUUACUUAACAGUUCUGUAGGAAUGAGGUUUGUGCAGUAGGCCUAAUACAUUAUCAUUAGCAUAUUGAGUAUAUGCCUGGCCUGCCAAUAUUGGUCUUCUCAGACCAUAUUUCAAAACUCAAGCUUUGAUUACAAAAUAGAUCAGUUGGUGUAGCAACUUGCUGAGCAUAAAUUGAAAUAAUUAGCUUUUUUAUUUUACUGGACUGAUUGUCAUGGUGCUUUCAAUACAAAUGGGAACUUAGGGGAAAAAACGAGGUCAAAUCAGGAUUUCAGUUAUUUUCAGGUUGGAAAGUCGGAGGUCUACAAAGAGGAUAGAGUUUCUGACUUGGAAUCCAUGACCGUUCAAAACAUUUUUUUUACAGUUGGAUCUCAAUAGUUUCCAGUUGUUUUGAACACAGCAGAACUUUGAUUUGAUUAGAUUUGUUAACGCCCUGUCGGGUGUAUGCAGAAUAGGGUGAAAACCACACAUACAUAGACCUCAACUAAGAAUCUGCAUUAACUUUAUAAACUGCAUUCAUUAUCUCAUUAAAGUGUCUUAGAAAAAAUGAAGUAGGUGAAUGGAUGUAAUAAAAUAGGCAUUUGUGAACAUCAUAUAGUCUACAUCAGUGGUCACCAACCAGUCGAUCUUCAAGGCCUUCCUGGUCGAACGCCAAACAUUUCUUUAGAAAAGCAGACGAUAAAGGCUUGCGCUCCUUUUUUUAUUUGUUGGCGGUAGGUGCUGUGCACCUGUUAAGCAAAGUCUUCCCAUUUUGAACCAUUUAAUUUGUCUGAAAAGACAAACCUACCAGGCGGACCGAGAGAUCUGUGGCUAAAUCGAGUGUGCCUACUGCACUGGCCAAUCGGAUAGCUCAAAUUACUCUGCCUACAGAGCCAAUCGGAUAGCUCAUAUUACUGUGCCUACGGAGCUUCCACGACCCCGGCCACAGUAAAGUUUGAUACUUGCCUAAGUAAGCUUUAAUUACUUUUAAAACCAUGACCACAGAGACCGUCAAAUAAUAAAGUAAAGAGUUGCUGUUUUAAUGAGUGAGUAUAUGCUAGAAAAAAUACUUUUGCAAAACGAAAUGUGAGAGAUUUUAGAGAAGAACAUCUACAGGGAGUUUUGAGAGAAGGGGUUCCCUCCUCCCAGGACUGAUGUAGGAUCUCUUGGGGCCAAAGUAGUGGGAUGGGCUGGUAGGUUUUGGGGGAUGGUGUAUAGGUGCAGGGUUAGAUGGUGGUGCAAUUUAAAUGUUUCCCCUUUUCUCUUUUUUUGGGACCAAAAUGUACAAUUCACACUCCGACCCGUGAGUAGCAGCAAUACACAACAAAGCGCCCAGUCUGCCAGAAAAAUCACGUAAAGAAGAAGUAAACGACCCAGAUAGUGAUCGCACAGGAAUGGGCGUAUACAUUCCUGAAUUAGAUGUGUAAAUGCUGUAUGUAGAGGACAAACAGGUGAACUCUACCACUGGGUAGAGGAGAGGCCAAAUGUAAACUCAUAGCCGUUUUGAUAGAUGUGUGGCAGAAGAGGUGGGACUCUGAGCCCAAGGGCCAGGAUUUAUAUGCCCUCUAAAGAAAGGUCGGUGGACCAAGAUUCGAAGGUCAGAUUAGGAAGUUAGAGGUGGUGUUUGGUAAGCAUAUGAAUGCUUUGCGUCCGGAGUGCAUGGUUGAUGUAAUGGUGGAGCAUGUGUUGCAUUGUUGCAGGUAUGUUUUCUUAGUAUGAGGAUUUAGGUUGAUGGGUUUCUUUUCUUUUCUACCAAAGUAGAGCUUUGGGAAUCGUGGUUGGCCACGCACUCCAGUACAAUAGGUGGCAGCAUGCACCUUUAAACGUUUAAGACCGCCAAUCUACCAAAGAAGAAGUAAACGGAAUCAAAUGGCCAGUGGCCAAUAAAAAUUUACGUUUUUGUUGUUAUUUAUACGGUUAUAGGCGUUUAUUAACCCGUUAACCCUGGAACUCAAAAUAUGACGGGACUUGUUUGAUAGAUGUUAUCUAGGUAAAACUAGCUAGCUGUUAACAAUGGCUAACUGUGUGGUUUUUCACACUCAAAUAGCCUCCGUUAUGGAGGUGCUAGCGAAUGCAGCCGUGGCAGAGAUCUGUAAACUCGUAGACGACGACUAUGCAGUGGUUCGUUUGGAAAUAACUCAAAGCCAGAAAGAAAACAGGGCAUUGCGGAGGAAACUACAGCUUUUGGAACUAAAGGUGGCACGGGAUCGCGCAGAGAGGACAAUGCGAGAGCGCGUCCUUGCAAGUCGUCCCAGUAGUGUCAAGAUCCUCGACCAAUACAGAGAGAUGGCAAGAGGACAUCUCACUGGAGGCCACAGGAGUUUUGUGAAGCCAGUGAGAGACAAUACAUGGAGACCUGACCAACCAAUCACUGUUGAUGAGGGGAGUGGAACCUCGACCCAGCAUGUUAUGGUGAUAGAGUCUGCAGAUGGAGAGGCUGCAGGUCCUGGAGAAUCGUCUCUGGUAAAGCAGGAGAGGACUGAAGGAGAGGACCCACAACAAAUCAGAAACAUCCAGACUGGAGUAGCGGCUGGAGUGGUGCCCCCUGGAGCCACAAAGGACCUCACUGCCUCGCCCCAACCCAGGACAAAACGCAACAUCACAGAGAACAGUGGAACAAUGAACGAGGUCCUCAAGUCAGAGACAGACACAGAGACUUUAAUAGUAACACAAAGGCUUUUACAUACAGGAUCUGUCCUCAGGUCAGACCUAGAGGGGCUGGGGCCACUGAGCUGUCCUCCUGCUCCCGCCUCAGAGUAUUUACUUUACGGUAACCGGAGCCCAAGGACAGUUCAUUCCCAUCGGGACUCAUGUGACGCAUUAGAGACGGGCAAUGAUCCGUCUUGUUCCUACACUACAGUGAUCGAGCCUGGCAACAUAUCCUUGGGUUUAGAGACACAGAAUGAUCUGUCUAGAGGGAACUUGAACCAGUACAGUAGUAGUGUAUACUCUGAAGGGUGCCUAGAUAAGAAAGGGGAGGUUAUAGUCGUAGAUGAAGUGACUGUGAAAGUGGAGGGCGAUGCUCCUCCCACAUGGAAUGUAGAUUGUCAUCUAGGAGACAGACACUCACAGGGCAGAGAUUUGUUAGAUUACGGGGGAAGCUUAGGGACAAAUCUAAAUGUUGCCACCCACUCCCCUUUACAUGCGUUCAGGGAUCGCGACCCAGUGCCCACGACGAUGGGGCCUUCCGAUUCACACGGUAGCAUCCAUUUCGAUCAGGUAUUGAACUCAAAGAACCAAAAGGCUAAGGCUCAGGCAGUGGGAGCAACAUCAGACAAUAGUAAUGAGAAACAGUUUCUCUGCAUGUUCUGUAACAAAGGCUUCAGCUGCUCCCAGAAGUUGGAGAUCCACCAGAGGGUCCACACAGGGAUGAAACCCUUCAGCUGUACCCAGUGUCAUAUGCGCUUCUGCCACUCGUCCAGCCUUAAGAGGCACCAGAGGGUCCACACAGGGGUGAAACCAUUCAGCUGUACCCAGUGUCACUUGCUCUUCGCCCAGGCUGGUGACUUGAAGAGGCACCAGAGGGUCCACACAGGGGAGAAACCCUACAGCUGUACCCAGUGUCACAUGCGCUUCGCCCAGGCUGGCAACCUGAAGAUGCACCUGAAGGUCCACACGGGAGAUAGGCCGUUCGCCUGUAUGGACUGCGGGAAGAGGUUCUCCGAGAGGUGCUACCUCAUGAUACACCAGCAGAAAAACCAUUCCACUCUAUAACAUAGAAAGUAAACUUUAUGAUAAAACCCUACAUUAAAGACAGACACAAUUUCAUUGUUGUCAGCAGGAAAGAUCCACAGAUGCAUUUGGAAUAAUGAGAGUAACAGAUUUCAGUGUUGAAUAUUCCUGGGUAGAAUAUUGCAACCAGACAUAGUAGAUAUAUUAGCCUAAAAAGUCUGUUUAUACAGUUGAAGUCUGAAGUUUACAUACACCUUAGCCAAAUACAUUUAAACUCUGUUUUUCAUAAUUCCUGAUGUUAAUCCUAGUAAAAAUUCCCUGUUUUAGGUCAGUUAGGAUCACCACUUUAUUUUAAGAAUGUGAAAUGUCAGAAUAAUAGUAGAGAGAAUGAUUUCUUUCAGCUUUUAUUUCUUUCAUCACAUUCACAAUGGGUCAGACAUUUACAUACACUCAAUUAGUAGUUGGUAGCAUUGCCAUUAAAUUGUUUAACUUGGGUCAAACGUUUCGGGAAGCCUUCCACAAGUUUCCCACAAUAAGUUGGGGGAAUUUUGGCCCAUUCCUCCUGACAGAGCUGGUGUAACUGAGGUUUGUAGGCCUCCUUGCUUGCACACACUUUUUCAGUUCUGCCCACAAAUUUUCUAUGGGAUUGAGGUCAGGGCUUUGUGAUGACCACUCCAAUACCUUGACUUUGUUGUCCUUAAGCCAUUUUGCCACAGCUUUGGAAGUAUGCUUGGGGUCAUUGUCCAUUUGGAAGACCCAUUUGCGACCAAGCUUUAACUUCCUGGCUGAUGUCUUGAGAUGUUUCUUCAAUAUAUCCUCAUCAUUUUCCUACCUCAUGAUGCCAUCUAUUUUGUGAAGUGCACCAGUCUCUCAUGCAGCAAAGCACCCCCACAACAUGAUGCUGCCACCCCCUUGCUUCACGGUUGGGAUGGUGUUCUUCGGCUUGCAAGCCUCCCCCUUUUUCCUUUGCUGUUCUGGGAUUGAUUUGCACUUUUUGUACCAAAGUACGUUUAUCUCUAGGAGAGUCUCCUCCCUGAGGGUGUAUGACGGCUGCGUGGUCCCAUGGUGUUUAUACUUGCGUACUAUUGUUCAUACAGAUGAACGUGGUACCUUCAGGCGUUUGGAAAUUGCUCCCAAGGAUGAACCAGAAAAGAAGAGGUCUACUAUUUUUUUCUGACGCACUGGAAUUGUGAUAGUGAAAUAAUCUGUCUGUAAACAAUUGUUGGGAAAAUUACUUGUGUCAUGCACAAAGUAGAUGUCCUAACCUGACUUGCAAAACUAUAGUUUGUUAACAAGAGAUUUGUUGGAGUGGUUGAUCAACAAGUUUUAAUGACUCCAACAUAAGGGUAUGUAAACUUCCGACUUCAACUGUAGAUAACUUCUCUGUACUCUCUGGCCUAAAACCUAAUUAUGUGUGUACAGUAUUAUGUAAUGGAUCUUUAAUAAAUACACAUUUUAUAUUACCCUGCAGUUUACCUAUAAAAUGGGCUGAGGGUGAAGUAGACAUACUUGGUAUUUAUAUCACAAAAUAUAUAAUUAAGCUCUCCACAAUGAAUUUCAAUAGAAAACUUGUAAAAAUAGACAAGAUCCUGCAACCAUGGAGAGGUAAAUACCUGUCUAUUUUUUUUUAAAUUGACCUGAUUAACUCCUUAGUCAUAUCUCAGUUUACUCACUUACUUAUGGCGCUGCCUACUCCCGAUGAUUCGUUUUUCAAAUUAUAUGAGCAAAAAUUAUACUUUUUUUCAAUGUAUUUUCUCUCUUUCUUUUUCAAACAAGCAUUGCAGAGCUGGCUACAAUUUCAAUUUAAUCCCCCUGAAAAGAUAGAACAAAUAUUAUGGCUGAACUCAAAUAUGCUGGUUGAUAAAAUACCUGUAUUUAUGGGCUAGAUGUUUGAAAAGGGUAUUUUGUUCUUAAAUUAUAUUGUAAAUUGGAAUGGUAGAGUUAUGUCCUUCAUGGAGUUAUCAGAAUUGUACGGGAAGGUCUGCUCAAUCCAAGAGUACAACCAAUUGAUUACAGCAUUACCCCAAAAAUGGAGGAGGCAGGUGGCAGUGGGAGGAGGUAGGGAACUGGUCUGUCUGCCCAAUAUAAAGGAUCAAAACUAGCGGAGGAAUAAAAAUAGCAUAAACAGGAAAGUAUACCAGUUUCUUUUGAAGACCAGGAUGUUGACAACUGUGCCAUACAGAUUGCAAAAUAGUUGGGAAGAGAUUUUUGAUAUGAAAAUGUUGAAUAUUUGGGGCAUAAAAAAAUCAUUGAAGCUCUGAAGAUUUUGUUGUGAGGAUACAGAAUCAAUAGACCAUUUAUUUUGGUAUUGCCCUCAGGUGGUAGCCUGUUUCUGGUCUCAGGUUCAGGAAUGUCUGAAAAUGCCAACACAGUCUCACAUUCAAUUCGCGUAUAUAUGUACAAAAUGUAUUUCAGCAGAUUUCGUGCGUUUUCGUCUGGCUUAAUUCGUGAGAAAAGACACUAAUUUAUGUGCUUCUUAAUUCGUGCAAAAAGACACAAAUUUAACCAGUAGGCAGAGCCUGGGCGCGCCUUUGCAACAACCAUAUAGACGCGAUAAUUUGUAUUUCAUUUUUGUUCUUCUUAAUGGCUAAUUCAACAUCAUGAAUAUACAGAAAUGUUGUCUUUGUUUAACCAUGUUUUAAAAUGUGUUGUUGUAUGCCUAUAUGUACUGUUUUAGACUUGCUGAACAGAAUUUUUGAGAAAAGACGCACAUUUACGUGCGACGUAAUUCGUGGGAAAUAUUGUUUUAUUAAUGCCAAUGCUGUUUUCUGUGCUUGAUUUCGCUUAAUACUUUGGAUACUGGUGCAAUUGUAAUCAGAACGCCUUUUUGUCAUGUAGGCAACCAUACACGAUUUUCUUCAUAAACCAUUUCAUAUUUCGUGGAGCCUAAAUUACACAAUUUUCUUCAUAAUGCAUGUAAUACAUGUUAAUGUAAAAUAAUGAAUUAUGUUGGCUUACACUUAUGGCCUUUCCAUACCUUAAGGGAACAUUUUAGCACUCGCCAUAUGUUUAGUAAGAAACGCCACAUUGCAAAUGUACGGUCCCUUACUAGACCUCCGGCGACGUUUCUAAAAUUCGCGGACGGCGUUGGGUUUCCGUUUUAUAAAAAUAACAAAUUUUGUCAUUUUCCCUUUUUCCAUUUUUGUCAUUUUUCCGCAGUCUCGGAAAUUCCCACCAGAGGGAAAAUAAAUAAUAUUGCAAAUGCACAAGCACAUUGCAAAUGCAUGUAGCCUUUUCUCCUAAACUGAAAAUAUUUCGAAGACGUAAUGGACAGUUGGCCCCGAACAAGAUGGAGUUGAGGCCUCAACGCUUUUUGAGUUAUGGCCAUUUUUCUGGGAUUAAAGGUAAAAAACGCAAAGUAGGGUGCUAAUUUGACCGCUUCACGUCAAAGUACAUAAGCAUACGGCGUCAGGAAAAAAAGAACCGGACAUUUAUCUAUCGUAAUUUAAGAGAAAUCGUACAUUGACAAAUUGGUAAUGUUCACAAAAAGGAGUAAAAAAAAAAAAAGUUACAGAUCCAGUUGCAGUGUGUUCAGACAAACAUUUUUAAGUGGGUCUCGAAGCUCUGCCAGAAUUCUGUGAUUUUAUGUGAUUUUAUGAAAUAACACACACUCAUUUAACCCUCUGUAAAUAAGUCAGUUCUUAACAUAAAGACUUAAAACUCAAUAUUAUAUAAGAGCCUACUCCAAGGAGGAUAUGUGUUCACUUUCAGCUUCCUAUGUCAACCGAAAGUACCUUCAAAUGGUGCCAUAGGGUCAGUUUCGAAGGGUUAAAAAGGUCAGAUCUGCCUCCCGGGUGGCGCAGUGGUCUAGGGCACUGCAUCGCAGUGCUAGCUGCGCCACCAGAGUCUCUGGGUUCGCGCCCAGGCUCUGUCGCAGCCGGCCGCGACCGGGAGGUCCGUGGGGCGAAGCACAAUUGGCCUAGCGUCGUCCGGGUUAGGGAGGGUUUGGCCGGUAGGGAUAUCCUUGUCUCAUCGCGCUCCAGCGACUCCUGUGGCGGGCCGGGCGCAGUGGGCGCUAGCCAAGGGGGCCAGGUGCACGGUGUUUCCUCCGACACAUUGGUGCGGCUGGCUUCCGGGUUGGAGGCGCGCUGUGUUAAGAAGCAGUGCGGCUUGGUUGGGUUGUGCUUCGGAGGACGCGUGGCUUUCGACCUUCGUCUCUCCUGAGCCCGUACGGGAGUUGUAGUGAUGAGACAAGAUAGUAAUUACUAGCGAUUGGAUACCACAAAGAAAAGGGGAUAAAAGGAUGGAGUGAAAAAGUACGGUGCUUAAAGACACACAAAGCCUGCAAUGGCAUUACCAUUAUCUCCAGGCCGUGCCGAGAUCAACGAGAUGCCCCGCUUGACCGUAGCUUGCUCGGUCUGAGUGCAGCGACAGGGACAAGAAGAAGGACCCAAAUGACCCUUUGACAUCAAUUUCAUAUUUUUUUGCUUUUGGGAGACAGAGAGAGAACCGUUAAGGUUAGAAGCACAAUUUGACCUCAGGAACGUUCCUAAGGUCCUCCCGAUCUGUGCAAGCCUAACAUUGACCGUGUGGCAUUAAUUAACCUGUUGAGGCUAGGGGGUGCUGUUGUCACUAUUUCUGGAAAUCGUGUAAUUUUUAAACGGCUUCCUACUAAAUUCUUGAUCGUACAAUAUGCAUAUUAUUAUUAUUAUUGGAUAGAAAACAGUCUCUAGUUUCUAUAGCCGUUGAAAUUUUGUCUCUGAGUGGAACAGAACUCAUUCUACAGCAAUUUCCCUGACAUGGAGUCAGAUUUCACACAUUUUGGCCCCUGAUCUGGAGUCAGUUUAAAGGCCACUGUUAUUGCUAUGAGGAUACGGACACUGCUUACGUCUUCCCCUGGAUGCCUUUACGUGAUGACGCUUUGAAUGGUGUCGAUUGCGCAAUCACAGCCACUAUAAAACAAAAAAAAGUGUAGGUAGGAACUCUUUUCCAGAUGCGCCGGACGCGCGGUGGACACCGACCUGCUCUUUUUCCAAGCAUUAGUGUAGCCAGUAAUAUUUCUCUGGUCAUGUUUGUACUCGUUAUAGGAGUUAAAAACAUCAUAAGGUAGUUAAUUUAAACCGUUUUAUAGCAAUUUAUAUCCGUUUAGUGCGAUUUUGGGACAUUUAUUUCUGAGACACUUUGAAGCGCCGGGCACGUUUCCAGUUCAUGCCGAACGCAGUGGGCAUUUCCACAUGGCAAGAGGACAGCUUUCGACCAAAAGACGAUUAGACCCAAGAAAGGAUUCUUUGCCCAAGAUUCUGAUGGAAGAACAGCUCAAAGUAGGAACAAUUUAUUAUGAUAAAUCGUGUUUCUGUCGAAAAAUGUUAAUCGCUUAUGACGCCAUCUUGUUAGACGUAGCUUUGCUUGGCGCAAACUGUAUUGAAAAGUAAGGAUAAUUUAAAAAAUGUAAAUCAGCGAUUGUAUUAAGAAUUAAAUUGUCUAUCAAUCGCUGUCCACCCUAUAUUUUUUAGUCACGUUUAUGAGUAUUUAUGUUUACGACUAGAUCACUGUCUAAUAUGGCGCACGACAUUUUCUGACCAACUGGGCUACUUUUCUCAUUGUCUAACCAUGAUUUUGGUGGCUAAAUAUGCACAUUUUCGAACAAACUGUAUAUGUAUGUUGUAAUAUGAUGUUACAGGAGUGUCAUCUGAAGAAUUCUGAGAAGGUUAGUGAAAAAAUUAAUAUAUUUUGGCGAUGUUUACGUUAUCGCUCUCUUUGGCUAGAAUCAAUGCUGGGGUAAUGUUUGCACAUGUGGUAUGCUAAUAUGUUUGCACAUGUGGUAUGCUAAUAACGAUUUAUUGUGUUUUCGCUGUAAGACACCUAGAAAAUCUGAAAUAUUGUCUGUAUUCACAGGAUCUGUGUCUUUCGAUUAGUGUAUGCUGUGUAUUUUUACGAAAUGUUUGAUGAUUAGUAAUUAGGUAAACACGUUGCUCUAUGUAUUUAUUCUAGUCCAUUUGUGACGGUGGGUGCAAUUGUAAACUAUGAUAUCUACCUGAAAUAUGCACAUUUUUCUAACAAAACCUAUCCUAUACCAUAAAUAUGUUAUCAGACUGUCAUCUGAUGAGGUUUUUUCUUGGUUAGUGGCUAUCAAUAUCUUAGUUUAGCCGAAUUGGUGAUAGCUACUGGUGUUGGUGGACAAAGAAAAGAUGGUGUCUUAUGCUAAUGUAUUUAGCUAAUAGAUUUACAUAUUUACAUAUUGUGUCUUCCCUGUAAAACAUUAAAAAAAUCGGACAUGUUGGCUGGAUUCACACGAUCUGUGUCCUUCAUUAGCUGUAUUGGACUUGUUAAUGUGUGAAAGUUAACCUGUUGAGGCUGGGGGCGCUGUUGUCACUAUUUAUGCUAAUCGUGUAAUUUUUGAAACGGCUUCCCACAAAAUUCUUGAUCGUACAAUAUGCAUAUUAUUAUUAUUAUUGGAUAAAAAACAGUCUAUAGUUUCUAUAGGAGUUGAAAUUUUGUCUCUAAGUGGAACAGAACCCAUUCUACAGCAAUUUCCCUGACAUGGAGUCAGAUUUCAGAAAUUUUGGCCCCUGAUCUGGAGUCAGUUAAAAGGCCACUGUUAUUGCUAUGAGUAUACGGACACUGCUUACGUCUUCCCCUGGAUGCCUUUACGUGAUGACGAUUUGAAUGGGGUCGAUUGCGCGUUCACAGGCACUAUAAAUUAAAAAACCCUGUAGCUAGGAACUCUUUUGGAGCUGCGUUAUGCGCGUGGAGGACACCGACCCGCACCUGUUCCAAGCAUUAGUGUUGGGAGUAAUCUUUCUCCGGUCAUGUUAAGACUCGUUAUAGGAGUUAAAAACAUCAUAAGGUAGUUAAUUUAAAGCGUUUUAUAGCAAUUUAUAUCCGUUUAGUGCGAUUUUGGGACAUUUAUUUCUGAAACGCUGUGAAUCGCCGGGCACGCUUCCAGUUCAUGCUGAACGCAGUUGGCAUUUCCACAUGGCAAGAGGACAGCUUUCCAUCAAAAGACGAUUAGACCCAAGAAAGGAUCCUUUGCCCAAGAUACUGAUGGAAGAACAGCUCAAAGUAGGACAUUUUUAUUAUGAUAAAUCGUGUUUCUGUCGAAAAAUGUUAGUGGCUUAGGACGCCAUGUUUUUUGACGUAGCUUCGCUUGGCGCAAACUGUAUUGAAAAGUAAGGAUAAUUUAAAAAAUGUAAUUCCGCGAUUGUAUUAAGAAUUAAAUUGUCUAUCAAUCCCUGUCCACCCUAUAUUUUUUAGUCACGUUUAUUAGUAUUUAUGUAUAAGAGUAGAUCACUGUCUAAUAUGGCGCACGGACAUUUUCUCACCAUCUGGGCUACAUUUCACAUUGUCUAACCAUGAUUUUGGUGGCUAAAUAUGCACAUUUUCGAACAAACUGUAUAUGUAUGUUGUAAUGUGAUGUUACAGGGGUGUCAUCUGAAGAAUUCUGAGAAGGUUAGUGAAAAAAAUAAUAUAUUUUGGCGAUGUUGACGUUAUCGCUCACUUUGGCUAGAAUCAAUGCUGGGCUGCUAUGUGCUAUGUGCUAUGCUAAUAUAACGAUUUAUUGUGUUUUCGCUGUAAGACACUUAGAAAAUCUGAAAUAUUGUCUGUAUUCACAGGAUCUGUGUCUUUCGAUUAGUGUAUGCUGUGUAUUUUUACGAAAUGUUUGAUGAUUAGUAAGUAGGUAAACACGUUGCUCUAUGUAGUUAUUCUAGUCCAUUUGUGACGGUGGGUGCAAUUGUAACCUAUGCCAUCUACCUGAAAUAUGCACAUUUUUCUAACAAAACCUAUCCCAUACCAUAAAUAUGUUAUCAGACUGUCAUCUGAUGAGUUUUUUUCUUGGUUAGGGGCUAUACAUAUCUUAGUUUAGCCGAAUUGGUGAUAGCUACUGGUGUUGGUGGACAAAUAAAAGAUGGUGGAUUAUGCUAAUGUGUUUUUAGGUAAUAGAUUUACAUAUUUACAUAUUGUGUCUUCCCUGUAAAACAUUUUAAAAAUCGGACAUGUUGGCUGGAUUCACAAGAUCUGUGUCUUUCAUUAGCUGUAUUGGACUUUAAUGUGUGAAAGUUAAAUAUUUUAAAAAAAUAUUUUUUUUGAAUUUCGCGGCUCUGCCUUUUCAUCCUAGACAGGUUAAAUAUUUAAAAAAUAUAUUUUUUGGGAAUUUCGUGCUCUGCCUUUUCAGUGGGAUGUGGGAGGAGUGCCGCUAGCGGGACCCCAGUCCUAGACAGGUUUUAACCCUUAACAGUUAAAAGGAGGUGUUUACAUCAAACAGUUUACAAUGACAUGUCUCCCCAUAGGAAUACAUUGCCUGCUCCCCUAAAUUCAACCUGAAGCCUAUGUGGGUUAAUAAUGCCUUAUGAACCUGUCUUCGAUUACAAUCCAUCAGGCCACGAUGAGGUCUACCUGUGUUGAUUCUAAGCUUCCUGGAGCAACCGGAAGUGGUUAAAUCACCCUAAAAGUGUUUGCCAUACCCAACCUGCAGUUUGAGAGAAAUAGUGCAUUCAACCCUAUGUAAAUCAGUGAGUUCUUAACGUAUAGACUUAAAACUCAGGAUUCUGUAAAAGUCCACUCCAAGGAGGAUAUGUGUUUACUUUCAGCUUCCUGUCCCAACCGGAAGUGCCAUAAUUGGUGUCAAAUGGGCUGUUUCGAAGGGUUAAAAAGUCAAAUCUUUCCAAAACUUAAUAUAUGGGAAUAGGCAACCCUCAUGAAUUGUAAAUCAGUCAUUCAUCCCAUCAGAUUUCAAGGAAAAAUUUACACACCCACACAGAAAGGAUGGAGUGACACACUGAGGGGCUUAGAGGCAGAGAGUGCCUGCAAUAGUUACUUUUGUUCAAACUUUUAACCUGUUUGGCGUGCAAGCCCGACCUCGGACCGAAAAUGACACCCCUGCAGGGCGCGAAAUUCAAAAUCUAUUUUUUUUAAAUAUUUAACUUUUACACAUUAACAAGUCCAAUACAGCAUUUGAAAGAUAAACAUCUUGUCAAUCCAGCCAACAUGUCCGAUUUUUUAAAUGUGUUACAGAGAAAACACCACAUAUAUUUAUGUUAGCUCACCACCAAAUACAAAAGUGGACAGACACGUAUGAAUUAUGAUUAUGAAGUAUGAAUUAUGAUUGAAGUAGCAUGCACAACCAACCGAAAUAAACUAAAACCAACCUAAAGAGCCCAGAAAAAACGACCUCAGAUGACAGUCAUAUAACAUGUUACACAAUAAAUCUAUGUUUUGUUCAUAAAAAGUGCAUAUUUUAGCUAUAAAUCAGUUUUACAUUGAUGCUACCCAAAAAUGCUAAUACAUAGCUUGAGUCUGAAUCCAGCCGGGAGUAGCCAGAGAAAAUACAUACACCAACGUCGGCUACUAAUUACACCUCAUAAAACAUUUCAGAAAAACAUAUGGUGGAUAACUAAUGAAAGACAGAUAUUGUGUGAAUAAAGCCAACAUUUCCGAUUUUUGAAGUGUUUUACAGCGAAAACACAAUAUAUCGUUAUAUUAGCUAACAUCAUAAG